AUGGGAAGCAUACCUACCAAUAAGGACUUUUCGCGCAACAAUGACAUUGACGUUAUUGUCAUUGGAGCGGGCUACGCUGGUCUUUCUGCCGCCAUCGAAUUGAAGAGAAAGGGGUGCAACGUCCACCUUAUAGAGAGAGAGCAGAAGUUACAGAUUUUAGGCGACAUAAUCACGAUUACUGCCAAUGCCUCCCUGGUCAUGGAGAAAUGGGGUGACGUUGUUGAGCAGAUGGCGGCAGAAUCGGCCACACCAGGCAUUGUUACUUUCCGAAGCGACAAAGGGGAGGUACUUCUCAAACAGGACUGGAAAGACAAAUACAAUGGCCACUACAACUUGUACACUAGCCGUGCGCGUUCUCAAGGCUUAAUAUACGAAUACGCCGUUAAAAUCGGGGUCAAGUUCACCUGGGGGGCAAGGAUCACUGACUUUUGGGAAGAAGGGGACAAGGCUGGCAUCUAUCUCAAUGGAGAGCUGUUGAAGGCCGACUUCGUCGUGGGCGCUGAUGGCGUGUACAGCCGCGCCCGCCAGUAUGUUACUGGCAACACGCAGAUGGCCCAGCGCAGCGGCUUUGCCGUUUACCGGGCGUACUUUUCACGGGACUAUUUGAAGAAGGAUCCGCUGACUCACGAUCUCGCUUAUUCCGAAAACGAUCAGUUGAUCAUCUGGAUCGGUUUGGACCUGCAUGCGAUCAUUAUUGUCAAUGCUAAACUCGGAUACAUCUCUGCAUACCUCACCCACAAAGACACAUACACGGUGGAAGAGUCAUGGACUUACCCAGGUACGGUCAAAGACAUGCUCAAAGUCGUCAAGGACUGUGAUCCGGUUCUAGAGGCCGCCAUUAGACAGAUCCCUGAGGAAGUCAUCUGCGAUUUCAAACUGUUGUGGCGAGAUCCCAUCGACAAAUGGGUCUCGGACGCUGGCAGGAUCGUCUUAAUAGGCGAUGCAGCGCACCCUCAUCUUCCGACUUCGGGAUCUGGGGGUGGAAUGGGCGUCGAGGAUGGCGCGACAUUAGCAUCUCUAGUGGAUAGAGCCGGACGUUCCGAUAUACCUUCUGCCCUCCGGGCGUUUCAAAAGUUAAGGUAUGAUAGGACCAGUACGACCCAACGAAUGGGCUGGGAGGUGCGCCAUAAAUGGCAUCAGACGGACUGGGAGAGAGUAAAGAGGGAGCCGGACUUUCUCAAGAUCCCUCAGCCAGAUUGGCUGUACUCUGCUAACGCCGAACAAUAUGGCUACGAAAAGUUCGACGAGGUGAUGGCGCAUAUAAAGGAAGGCAAGCCAUUCCGCAAUACCAAUGUCCCAGACAACUAUCAGCCUGAUGAUUGGAACAUUAAAACGAUGACGGAACUGGAUGCAAGCAUGGGGACAGAUAAUUUGUAUAAGAUCGCCUGA